ACGAUCAUCAUCAGCCAAACACAUUCGUAGGGAUUUUUGUUGUGCAGUGCUCGAUGACCGUGGAAUUUAUGUAAAAAUAAAAAUAAAAUACCGAAAUGUCUGCGGUAUAGGAAAAAGCUUUAAACCCACUACGCUUUGUGUGCCGGUCAUUUAAAACACGAGAAAAGGAUAAAUUCACCAAAGUGCUGGAAGCAAAGGCACGUUAGGGGAGGGUAUGGAGGUGGAUGCCAGUUUGAGCUCAGAGAUGGAGUUGGAUCCUGAGUUGGAGGAGGAGUUAGGGGUGUCUUUGGACGAGCUGCGCAGGUGGAUCGAGGAGCAGGUGGAUGGCAGUGAGGCCGUGCGGCAGCGGAAAGAUCAGCUGGAGCAGCUGCAGGACUGGGUUGAGAAGAGGGAGAAGGAGGUCUCUGAAAUGGACACUCUUUGCUCUAAUGCCUCAGAGUCUGUGGUUCAGUGUGAAGCUCUGGUGAAGGACGUGUACAGUAAGAUGGGUCUAGUGUAUCGUGAGAGCAGUUCGGAGGAUGAGGGUGUAGGCGGGGCAAAUACUUCUGAGGUCAUUGAGAUUGACGACGAUGAUGACGAUGAUGUCAUUGCUGUGGGAUGUGUGGUUCCUCCCAAGAAAGUUGUAACUCCAGCCAAGGAUCCAGCGUUGAAGGAGGCUUCAGCUGCCCUUCAAAGAACAUCUCAGCAGGUGCAGAACCUGGCCCAGACGGUCAACAGAACAGCCCCAUCGGGUAUAACCACUUCUGCUAAAGCCCCCUCCACACAAACCCAUGGUGCUCUGGCUGUUCCAGCUGUGUUUAUGUCUUCAGGCCCAAGGAAUGCGCCCACUCAACCGAACCCUAAUAUUAAACAGGAUAACAUCAAGCUCGACAUGACACUUUUGGGUAAAAAACGAACCAAGACGUGGCAUCGGGGAACACUUGUUGCCAUCAAACAAGUGGGAAACAAUUUUAAGUACAAGGUGAAGUUUGAAAAUAAAGGGAAGAGUCUUCUCUCUGGUAAUCAUGUGGCAUUUGACUACCACCCAACACUGGAAAGACUGUUUGUUGGUGCCCGUGUUGUUGCCAGGUACAAGGAUGGCAAUCAAGUCUGGCUCUAUGCAGGCGUAGUCGCUGAGAUGCCCAACAGUAAGAACCGUAUGAGGUUCCUGAUCUUUUUUGAUGAUGGUUACGCCUCAUAUGUGGGCCUGCCUGAGCUCUAUCCCAUCUGUAGACCUUUGAAAAAGACGUGGGAGGAUAUUGAGGAUGCAUCAUGCAAAGAUUUCAUUGAGGAGUAUAUCACGUCGUAUCCCAACAGGCCCAUGGUGUUGCUGAAGCCAGGGCAAAUUAUUAAGACGGAAUGGGAGGGGACAUGGUGGAAAAGCCGUGUGGAAGAAGUGGAUGGCAGCCUUGUCAAAAUGCUUUUCCUGGAUGAUAAGCGGAGUGAGUGGAUUUAUCGUGGCUCUACACGACUAGAACCCAUGUUUAAUCUGAAAAUGAACACCGCUAACAGUCAAGAGAAGAAAAUGGCUGGUCAACAAAGACAGCGGCCUAAUAUGGGAGCAUUGAGGACAAAGGGUCCUGUAGUGCAGUACACUAGUGACAACAGUACUUCUGGUGCCAGUCGGCCUAUAGCCCCGCAGCUCCCACCACCUCGGCCACUGCCUGCCGGACCCCCACAGCCUUCCCGCACAGAGAGUCCCAGUUUAAAGAGUCAAAUGGCUAAGAAGAGCACUGGUCCAGUUGCACUGCAGCCUCGUCAGGCCGUGACCCCUGACCUCCAGCCCAAAGCACUAAUUGGCACUGUUCAGCAACACAAUACCUCCAGGCUCUUUCUUCUGCAGUCUGGACCUGUGCAUACGUUAACGCCAAUCACACCAACAACUCAUAAUUUGCAGACAACCGUGUCGACCUACACAAGUGAGCGUAUUCCUCAGGAGCCAUCGUAUCAGGCCCCAAAUGACCGACUCUUCUACCUUACACACAACUGCACUCCAGACUGUCUAAAGCGCAUCCGCCCCACUCAUCACAACCUGCACCGAGGACGCAACCCACUUCUUACGCCAUUGCUCUAUGAAUUCAGGCGCAUGACAGGCCGUAGACGACUUAACCGCAAGAUGUCGUUCCACGUCAUCUACAAGUCCCCAUGUGGCUUGAGUCUGAGGAAUAUGGCAGAGAUACAGCGCUACCUCUUCCAGACACUCUGUGACUUCAUCUUCUUGGAGAUGUUCUGUCUGGAUCCCUAUGUGUUGGUUGACCGCCGAUUCCAACCGCAGAGGCCGUUCUACUUCAUCCGGGACAUCACAAGUGGCCGCGAAGACAUUCCCUUGUCCUGUGUGAAUGAAAUCGACGGCACAUCUGCACCCAGUGUGGCCUAUAGUAAAGAGAGAAUCCCAGCAGAUGGAGUCUAUAUUAACACCAGCUCAGACUUCCUGGUGGGCUGUGACUGCACUGAUGGCUGCAGAGACAAAUCCAAGUGUUCGUGUCACCAACUGACUCUACAGGCUACAGGAUGUACUCCAGGUGGACAGAUCAACGCCAACGCUGGAUACCAUCACAAGAGACUGGAAGAAUGUCUCCCCACAGGAAUCUAUGAAUGCAAUAAGCGGUGUCGCUGUAAUGCGCAGAUGUGUACUAACCGUCUGGUUCAGCAUGGUUUGCAGGUCCGACUGCAGCUCUUUAAGACCCAGAAUAAGGGCUGGGGCAUUCGUUGCCUUGAUGACAUCGCCAAGGGCUCCUUUGUUUGUAUCUAUGCAGGUAAAAUCCUGACUGAUGACUUUGCCGAUAAAGAAGGUUUGGAAAUGGGCGAUGAAUACUUUGCCAAUCUAGAUCACAUUGAGAGUGUGGAGAACUUUAAAGAAGGUUACGAGAGUGAGGCUCAUUGCUCCGACAGCGAGGGCAGCGGGGUGGACAUGAGCAGGGUUAAACUACCUGCUUCCUCCCAACACGGUAAAUCCACCACCAAGAUGGAGGAGCGUAACAGCAGCACUACCGGCAAAAGCCAAGACGAUUCAUCUGAUGACAGCGACGAUGACAAAGACGAAGACUCUAAUGAUGAAAGCGACAGCUCAGAUGACACAUUUGUGAAAGACACAUAUUACACCACCAGCUCAGUGUGGAGGAGCUACACCACCCGCAGACAGGCCAAGGGAAUGAAGGAAGGUGAGGACGCACAAGUUUUUUAAUCGAUCUGCCCUCUC